AUGAAUUCACCAAUGACGGAAAGCAAAUCAGGAAAUCCUAAUGAAGAUAUACCGGCUGUUGAUGCUGGUGCAAAAGAUUCGAAUGCUGUUGAACUGAAGGGAGAUGAAGCAAAGGAAAAAGUACCGGAACCACGGAAGGAUCUACGAGAAGAUCCAAUCGGUUGGGUGAAUUCACUAAUUCCCGGUGCUGUUCACAAGGUAAAUUAUCGAUUGUUAGAUUGGGCUCAGCAAUUGGCAAUUGAAGAAGAAGAUAAACGGCAAAUAUUACCUGGCAAAAGUGAUUCUGUUACAAAGAAUCAGUUUUUGUCGUUUCUUCGAGAUGGUUCAUUGUUGGCAAAAUUAGCAAAUCGUCUUCAACCAGGCACCAUAGAAACGAUUCAUGAAGGAGAGGCAGCUAAAGAUAAGACCAAUCAGACAUCUAACAUCAAUGCUUUCAUCAAUUUUGCUAAAGAAAAAGCAGGUUUAUCUGAGGAGCAGAUAUUUACCGCUGCAGAUCUACAAGAGAAAGGAAAAGCAGGAUAUCAAGCAGUAUUUAAUACACUUAUGCAGCUUGCUCUCAAGGCACAGAACAUUUUUGAGCAAAAGGGAAUUGAUGUCGAGCAACUUAUUCAAGCAGCUUCACAGGUGGUACCAAGGAAUCUUAUUCAGACAGUUUUAAAUUUCUUCAGACGAGCACAGCCAGCUCAGACACCAAAAAAACUUGCAAAAGAAGCCGAAGAAAAAGAUAAGACUGCUGAAAAGGUUGUUGAAGAAAAACAGAUCGAAGAAGAAGUAUGCAAAAAAAAAAUUACCAGCCAAACAGGGAACGAUACACCGGCUGUUGCUGUUCAUUAA